AAAAUAUGAAUCCGGACACGGUUGGGUUUCUGUGUGUAGAGUAUCGUGACUCCGUGUUACCUGCUAGUGAGCAGGGCGAUGGGAAACGGGAGGGGUGUGAGCCCCGUGCUGGGCAAACAGUUCACACGUCUCCACAAUAAAGCCACUUUUCCACUGCACGGUUCGGUACAGUACGGCUCGACUCGACUCGCUUUACUUUUCUGAGCGGGUGCCAUCUUCCCCUCGCCUUCACGCAGGAAUAAUGUUGUAUUAUCGAAGCCCUGUACAAAUACACGGUCAGGCCGUAUUCCAAACGCCUUUCCUGAUCACUGAACACGGAGCCUAUUAAGGAUGUAAAAUAACGGCGCUGUAGAACCUACGUAGCGCUCGAUAUGACUAAGAUUCAGCCGCGACAGGAACGACUUCCAUAAACGCCUGUUUGGAAAUCGGUAACGAGCGAGAUGUAAAAAUCUAAGACAGAAAGCUUUGUUGUAAUUUUAUCUGUAAUGAGAUAAACAACAUAAUUUGCAAUGAAUAGAAAAUCACCGUACGCAAAAUAUAUAUUAAAUGACACAUUUAUUCAGGCACAAUACAGAAGCACUCGUUAAGGAGAAUCCCCCACUCCCUCAGUGCGUGGCUCACGUUUAGUAUCAGAUCGGCUCGCUCCGAACCUCGACCGAACCGGUACUAAAAGAAGUACCAGGUACUUUCCACAGUGGAAAGUCGAGUCGAGCCGUACCGUACCGUGCGGUGGAAAAGUGCCAUAACGUUGAUAAAGCGGAGAACACAACUAAAACUUUUUUGUUAGUAAAACACUGUAUACAUCUGCCAUGAUAAAAUGAUAACAAUUCAAAUUCUUAAAGCCCUGAGUGUCUACUGAGUGUCUUCAUAUGAGCCUGUAACCACCACUGUGGAGUGUGGACAAAUACAUUCAAUGAUGAACACAGGCACCCCCCAAAAACAAGCAGAAAUGUCCUCUUUUUUGCCCUCUGGUGAAAAAUAUAAGAGUUAAGUUCAUUCAUAGGGCUUUUUGCCACAUCACUGGCAUGCUUUCCAACAGUAAUGACCUUCCUUGCAUAUUUAGUCCACGGCCUCACUACUCACGUGUCAAUCAAUAGUUUACAAUCUCGACUCUCACCAGGAAGUAACCCGAGAGCACGAGGCACUGACAUCCGAGAUGGUACUUAAUCGCUUCUCUAUUCAUUAUUCAUAUCUACCCAGGUAAUGCUUGUAAUCCUAUUGCGCCCACUCCAGAACUUUAAUUAAGUUGAGAGUGAAAUGUGCAACGAAAGUGUGUUCUUGACAUCAUUUUUAUUAGUGAUUUUUUCCCCCCCAGAGCACGAGAGCGUUUCAGAUCUUAACAAAGCACCGCCCCGUUCAUGAAGCACGUGGAAGUUCUGGCGUGCCCGUGCGACGGCGUUAGGACCGCGCGGACGCCGGUUAAAUGCUCGGCCGAGCGGCACCUGUUGCGUUCAAAAAGGGAAACCGGGACGAUGAUGUGCUGUCUUUCUGCUCGGAGAUCCUUUUAACAAACAAGUCAGCGAGUCAGGGUUUUACCACAUCCUUGCUGAACGCUCACACACACACGCACGCACGCACGCACGCGCGAGCUUACCGCGCGAGACGGGAAAUAACGAGUUUAUCGUGCACGCGAUCUGAGUGACGUUACCUCCAGGAUGCGCCUGAGACGUCGUGUCUCGCCACUGAAGCUGGCCCUGCUGGGUGGUGCGCUCUUCAUGCUGGUCCUUGUGGUGCUUCAGAGGGACGUGGGAGGUGGUAGUGAGGAGCCCUGGUUCCAGGAUUUAUCCAACCGGAAGGAACAAGUGCUGGAAUUAGUCCGCAACCUGGCCUUCCAGAUUCCAGGCCAACCAGGCAGUCCACAACAGCCUGCAGAAGUGGAUAAAAAUUGCCCCUCGGGAUUUUACACCCAGGCUGAACUCAAACCGUUGUUCGAGAGGCCGCCGGAGGAUCCGCAGAGCCAAGGUGCUGGAGGGAGCGCGUUCCAGAAGGACGAUCUCACUCCAGAUGAAGUGAAGGAGAAGGACGAGGGCAUGACCAGACACUGCUUUAACCAGUUCGCUAGCGAUCGGAUCUCUCUGCACCGCAGCCUUGGAGAGGACACCCGGCCUCCAGAGUGUGUGGAGCGUAAAUUCCGCCGGUGUCCCCCUCUUCCCACGACCAGCGUGAUCAUCGUGUUCCACAACGAGGCCUGGUCCACACUGCUGCGCACCGUCCACAGCGUGCUGCACACCUCCCCAGCCGCCCUGCUGCGCGAAAUCAUAUUGGUGGAUGAUGCAAGCACGGCAGGUCAUCUACACUCUCAGCUGGAUGAGUAUGUAAAGAUGCUGAAGGUGGUUAAAGUCGUGCGUCAGGUGGAGAGGAAGGGACUCAUCACGGCCCGACUGCUGGGAGCCAGCCACGCUCGGGGCGAGACCCUCACCUUCCUCGACGCUCACUGUGAGUGUUUCCACGGCUGGCUCGAGCCACUGCUCGCUCGAAUCGUGGAAGAGCCGACGGCCGUCGUGAGCCCCGAAAUCACCAGCAUCGACUUAAACACGUUUAAGUUUAACAAGCCUGUGGCCACUGCACGCGCUCACAACCGCGGAAACUUCGACUGGAGCCUGACGUUCGGCUGGGAGGCCAUUCCUCAGUACGAGCAGGCAAAGCGCAAAGAUGAGACCUACCCUGUCAAAACACCAGCCUUUGCUGGUGGUUUGUUCUCCAUUUCCAAAGCGUACUUUGAGGAAAUCGGAACGUAUGACGACAAAAUGGAGAUCUGGGGUGGCGAGAAUGUGGAGAUGUCCUUCAGGGUGUGGCAAUGUGGAGGCCAGCUGGAAAUCAUCCCGUGCUCUGUGGUCGGUCACGUCUUCCGCACAAAAAGUCCGCACACUUUCCCCAAAGGAACUGAAGUCAUCGUGCGCAACCAGGUCCGCUUGGCUGAGGUUUGGAUGGAUGACUAUAAGCAAAUCUAUUACCGCCGCAACCGGAAUGCAGCCAGGAUUGCCAAAGAGAUGAACUACGGUGAUAUCACAGAAAGGCUGAACCUCCGGGAAAGGUUACGCUGCAAGAACUUUACCUGGUAUUUGAACAACGUCUACCCAGAAGCCUUUGUUCCAGAUCUUAACCCUACUAAAUUCGGAGCAAUCAAAAACUUGGGGUCUCAGAACUGCCUGGAUGUGGGGGAGAAUAAUAAUGGUGGAAAGCCACUGAUUAUGUACGUGUGCCACAACAUGGGAGGAAACCAGUACUUUGAGUACUCAUCACACAAGGAGCUGAGGCAUAACAUGGGCAAACAGCUGUGCCUGCAUGCCACCUCAUACCCAGAGCAAGUGCAGAUAGAGCAGUGUCAGCUGAAGGGUCGCGGUACCAAUGUUGCCCCUCAGCAGGAGUGGAUCUUCACCGAGGAGCAGUUAUUAAAAAAUCCUUUCUCGGGUAAGUGCCUGCACUUUAAGAACAACAAGGUAUUCAUGAGCCCCUGCGACUCAAGAGACCUGCAUCAACACUGGGUGCUCAGCUGAUCUCUGUCUCUGUUGGAACGAAGUCGAGAAUCCAGCCAGAAGGACAGCCAUAACUUGGGCUCAUAUGCUCACUCCUGGCCCAUCUAUGUGAACUGAUAGCAUAUGGGUCAUUUACAUCCAUGCAAUGGACCAAACUUUGGGAAAAAAAAAAAGAAAAAAAAAAAAAACUUUGAGAGUCAGGAACGUGAGUUGAGGCACCGUCUCUAAAACUGCUGCACUGUGGGACAGCAUCAUCUGACGGCAGUAUUGUUUACAUGCAUUCACCAAAUGUGUGCUUUCAACCUUUUUGCGUUUCAGCCUUCAAACUGCUACUUUUAAAGAUUUUAUUUAUGUUUUAAAAAGUGUGUAAUAAGUAAUUGUAUUUAAUUUUUUUUAAUUUUCUUUUAAUUGAAGGCAGAUGAGACGGCCUUUAAUUUGCCAAUCAGACAUGGUGUGUUGUAUUUUGUCAUAAGAUCAUUCCGUUGUCCUGCCACAAGCCAAAAUCGGAGUGGGGUGUUUCAUCAAGAAAGAUUUAUUUAAUUUUUUAUUAUUUUUUUUUUUUAAAGUCUAGUCAGAAAUCAUGGUACUCUUGUCUUACCAGACAUUCUAAUACGUGCAACUUGAGUUAUUUAAUGGUGUCGACACUCCUGAUUGGGAAAGAUCUCCAAGACUAUUAAGUGAAAACAUUGAAAUGGAUACUAUUUGUCCUUGCUGUAAUUAAAGCAUUCUUGUGACUUUUCAUUGUUCUCCAUGAUUGCGUGGUCACAUUCUUCUUUUUUUCUCAGUUGGAGGCUGUUUAUAGAUAAAUAUAGUACAGCAUUUCGUUAGCGUUAAUAAACGUCAAGUAUUUGUGAACUAUCAGGUUGUGCUUCUUAUUCAUACCUGCAUUGUUCCAUAAAUAACCUGCAUGAAUAGAAGGAGUGCCUGGGACUGUAAGUAACCUGGAGGUGAUUGUGCGUGUGAUCACGUUUAAUAAUUUACACAAUGAAGGCGCAGUCGCACUAGUUAUCCUUUAAACCUAGGGUCAAUUAUUUUACUGAAGAAAAAAAAAUAGUGCGAUUUAUUGACUUAAAUAUUUUGUUACUAGUUGUUACAAAACUAAUUUUUGUAACUUUAUUACAAAACUAAUUUGUUAAUUUUAUUUGGUAAUCGAUCAUGAAUUAAACGUUUUUACCUACAGUCCGAAUCGACAAACCUUCCCUGCUAGUAAGUAACAGUGAGUAUUUACAUUUUUUUAUUCACUUUAUUAUGCUUUAUUUGAUUUGUAUUGGAUUUCCCUUCAGUUGUUUACAUGCUUCUGUAACUUGAAGUGACGUAACCCGCUUUGUCCGCUACGACGAAUCCUAUUGGUUGGCUCUCCACGACAC